AUGUACGUCCUUGGCGCUUUUGUUGCUGGCUUGUUGAGCCUCGCUCAUACUGUGUCCGCACAUGGCUAUCUGAAGAGCAUCGAAGUGAGCGGAAUAAGUUAUCCUGCAUGGCAGGUUGGACAAGACGACUACAUAACACCGGAACCAGCUCGCUACGCACGUCGAAUCAAGGACAACGGCCCUGUUCCCGACUUCACGACAGUGAAUAUCACCUGUAAUCAGGGUGGAAACAUCCCUUCGAAAGGUACUAUACCAGUGAAUGCUGGCGACAAAGUCAAGCUCAUCUGGGAUCAAUGGGGUUCUUCUCAUUCGGGUCCGGUAAUGAACUAUCUCGCUGAUUGCGGCGGUUCGUGCGCAAACUUCAAGGGCGAUACCGGUAAUCCUUGGGUUAAGUUUGACCAAAUGGCUUACGAUACUACAAAGUCGCCACCGUGGGGCUCUGACUUCCUUGCUAAGCAGGGUGCUUCAUGGACUGUGACCAUUCCAUCGGGACUGAAGCCAGGCGAAUACCUUCUGCGCCACGAGAUCCUUGGACUGCACGUUGCUGGUACCCGAAUGGGCGCUCAAUUCUACCCUGCUUGUGUGCAGAUUAAGGUCAGCGGCAGCGGAGCCAAGACCCUCCCAUCUGGUGUUGGACUUCCUGGCGCAUACAACCCAGACGAUGCAGGCAUUCUUGUCCAGUUGUGGCAGGUCAACCAGGGCCAAAGAGGCUACACUGCACCUGGUGGUCCGGUCAAGGCCAUUUAA